AUUUCAGAGUGCAUCUGUAGUGUAUCAAGGACUUACAUAUUACCCAAUUCACAUCGAACGCAUCAGUCAUCACAAUGGAGGUCGUAAAAGAGCUGGAAGAGGAUGGGAAGGGGGUGGAAAGAGUUGUUAAAGAUCUCUCUGCUGGAGCUGUAGGCGGAAUGGCCCAGGUUUUGCUAGGACAACCUUUGGACAUUGUGAAAGUCCGAUUACAGACAAGACCGGAAUACACGGGCGCAUUGCAAUGCGCCCGCAGUGUUUGGAAAAAUGAAGGCCCCUUGGCCUUUUACAAGGGAACCUUGACCCCUCUGGUUGGCAUUGGAGCAUGUGUGUCCAUUCAAUUCGGUGCAUUCCACUACGCUCGGCGCAUCUUCGAGUCUCGGAAUAUCCAAAACUCGUCAAGGAAGGACGGCAGCCUUUCUUAUCCACAGUACUUUCUUUCAGGCGCAUUUGCCGGUGUUGCAAACAGCGUUAUCUCAGGGCCCAUUGAGCAUGUUCGUAUCCGGCUGCAGACCCAGCCACAUGGAGCCGCACGCCUCUACUCCGGUCCUGUUGACUGCGUUCGCAAGCUCUCCUCCCAUGGAGGCAUCCUAGGAGGACUGUAUCGGGGCGAAGCGGUGACUAUUUUACGGGAAGCACAGGCCUACGGCUUUUGGUUUCUCUCUUUCGAGUAUCUCAUGAACGCGGACGCGAAACGUAAUCGGAUUGCACGGGAGGAUAUCUCCGCGCCAAAGGUCGCCUUCUAUGGAGGCCUGGCUGGAGAGGCUUUAUGGCUGAGCAGUUAUCCAUUCGAUGUUGUGAAAAGCAAGAUGCAAACGGAUGGGUUCGGCGACGCAAAGCGAUACAAGAACAUGAGAGACUGCUUCGCGCAGACCUGGCGCCACGAAGGGUGGAGAGGGUUUUGGAAAGGCAUAACGCCGACGCUGGUGAGAGCAAUGCCUGUCAGUGCUGGGACAUUUGCAGUGGUGGAGAUGACUAUGAGGUUGCUAGGAUGAUCACGGGCGCGAUUCGGUUUCUAUGUGCUUGGGCGGGACACAUUGCUAUUUAUGUCGACCGUUAAUAAAUCCACCUUCGGCAAACGUCGAUUCGUGGCCGAUCGGGCAUAUCACGAUCGUCGAGAUCCUCCCGGCCUCCCUGGUUAAGUCUGACUUUAUAGCCAGCAGAGACCUUUCAGCAUACUAGGAUCCUCAUAGAUAUAGAGAGUCAUAAUAGAUGCUUUUGUCAAGCCUACACUCUGAGACAUCCGUCUUGGUAUUAGUCUAAGCGGUUAGGCACCCUGCGAUCCAGGGCUUGAUCAUGAUGUCCUAAACAUUCCAUAAAUAGAACUAAGAAGAACUGAGAAGUCGUAAUAUGCC